AGAGGGGGAGGAAGAGUGAGAGGUAGGGGUAGAGCUGGUAGAGGAGUUCAUGGCCAAAGAAGACAACAACUUUCAAAUGAAAUCAGAGCAACCUUAGUUGAUCAUGUCAUCAACCAUGGGCUGACAAUGCGAGAGGCUGGACAGAGAGUGCAGCCCAACUUGAGCCGUUUUACUGUCGCCUGUGUCAUCCGGACAUUUAGACUGGAGUACAGGACUGAGAGACGCAACCAUGGUGGAGGAAGGGGCCAAAUGUUCACCGGGGUACAGGAAGCUGCCAUUGUAAACUUGGUUUUCGGAAAUAAUGAAAUCAGAUUACGAGAAAUUCAAAGCCACAUCAUCCAAGACAACACCAUAUUCAACAACAUUCAACGAGUCAGUCUGUCCACAUUGGCUCACAUUCUCAAGCGAAACCAAAUCAGAAUGAAACAACUUUAUAAGGUGCCGUUUGAGAGAAACUCUCAAAGAAACAAAGAGGUCAGACGAGCAUAUGUGGAUGGAGUACUGGAAAUGGAUGCUCAUGCAAUCCCACAUGAGUUCAUCUUUAUAGAUGAGGCUGGGUUCAACCUAGCAAAGACCAGAAGAAGGGGGAGAAACGUCAUUGGCCACAGAGCCAUUAUAGAUAUUCAUGGACAACGUGGUGGGAACAUCACAAUGUGCGCUGCCAUCUCCAAUACGCAUGGUGUCCUCCACCGUCAUGCCAACCUUGGACCAUACAACACAGCCCAUAUUCUCACAUUUCUGGACAGACUCCACAACAUUCUCAUACCACCAGAGCGAAUGAAUGAUGCAGACCAUCAAAGAACCCGGUACGUUGUAGUAUGGGCCAACGUGAGCUUUCAUCGUGCAGCCCCAGUCCAAAACUGGUUUGCUGACCACCCACCAUUUCUUUUGCAAUACCUCCCACCAUACUCACCAUUUCUGAACCCCAUAGAAGAGUUAUUUUCGGCAUGGCGGUGGAAGGUAUACGACCGGCAGCCCUUUGUGCGCAUGCCUCUUGCGCAGGCUAUGGAAGAGGCAUGUGAUGAGAUUGAUGUGGGUGCGAUUCAGGGAUGGAUAAGGCACUCAAGGCACUUCUUCCCUUGA